GCUGUGACAGCAACAGAAGACCUUUUCUCCUCCCUUUCCAUUCUUUUCCUUUUUUGCUCCCAAGCAUUGAGACUUUUUCUGCCUUUGCAAGCAGAGAGCAUCUAGACGAGAUGAAAAAGAAGGUGGGGAGAGCGAGAGAAGGAGAGUUGGAGUUUAAGAGGGCAGGACGAGAGAGAGAUUGAGACAGUGUGUUGGAAUUUCGCUGAUACAUGGGAACAGCCUGCUUAUCUCCGUUUGUCCCUCUGUCAGUCAUCCCGAGGCGCACACGCAUACACUUCGGAACGCUGGAGGCUUCGUUUGGAAAGGUGGUGAUUAACCCCUUCCCCCUCGUUCCUCCUCCUCCUCCUCCGUCUCUCUAACCGUCUGGUUCUUUUACCUGCACUCGUCUGGACUCGUUCGCUGAGUAAAGACACAGAGGGACAGGAAGGAAGAGAGAUGAGAUAGAAGGAGGGAGAGUAAGACUAAGACGGUGCAAUUCAUUCUCUGUGGAAAUCCAGGCGGCAUUUGGACACCUGUGGAACACAGUUUCGGAUAUUCUACUAGCGUGAUAUGAUUGGACGGCUCAGAUGGAAUACCAAGUGAACUGACUUGAUUGGAUUCUCUCGAGGUUAACUAGCAUUUUUACACUAUGUCUAAACCUUCACGACUUGCUCGCCCGUCCUCGGCGGGUCCUGGCUCCAAGCUCCCCUCGCCUCGGCGGGAUACACCUGCCGGCCGACCCAGAAUGCACGUCAUGGGGGAGAAGGUGACGCGGAUAGGAAGUGAGGGCAGUAUACCUGGCCAAAGGCCUCCGGUCAAUGGAACGACACAUCCGCAGAUUCAGCAAAACACUAAUAUGAAGGAAGAGGAGGAGAUGGGUCAAGCAAAGCGCAGAAUCAGUCAAUCUAAAGGGUCCUCCGCAACCAUAACCCAGCAACAAGUCACACAACCCAAACCUCUGAAGGGAAAUCUAAAGGUGACUUCUAGCGAAGACGCCGAGCACCUGGCCCGUAAACAUCAGGUUGUUUCCGCUAACAGCCCCGGUAGAAGCUGUGAGGCCAAAUCCAGCCGUGUAGGGGUUCCACGAAGACACACGGUGGGCGGAGCGCGCAGCUCACAGGAGAUCCUGGCCAUGCAGCCCUCAGAUAUGGAUAAAAACGAGAGGCCUUUUGGAACAUCUGAAACAGAAGUACCCACACCACGCCUCUGCCAUCAUGGGCCAUCAGGAGAGACUCAGAGAACAGGUGAAGUCCACUCACUGUCAAUACUAUCUGUUGUCCCAGUGUCAGCCCCAGAAGGGCAGAAUCUGUCUGCAAAUGCAUUUGAACUACGGAUAUGA